AAGCGCAAUUGACUAGUUUUUUGGCAGCUGAUUUGAUAUAUGAAACACUUUCGAUGAUGGUCAAGUAUGGUGAGACUGUCAAUUAAAUAAUAUGAAUAAUAAUAAAAAAAAGCCGUCCAACCUACACAAUGAAAAAAAAAACCUUUUUUUGGGUCUUCUUUCUUUCUUAAAUCCAUUGCAGAGAGACAAAUAAAAGAUGCAAGUGGACAUGUCGGAUAAUACAAAGUCAUUAAAGACAUUUUCGAUUCAGUUGAAUCCCUUAUUUUCAUUAAGCCUAAGUCAGGAAAAUCAUACGGAAAAUCAUGGUACGACGGUGUGGGAUUCCGCCAAACUGUUGUCGUUGUAUUUGUUCGAUUCGGUCAAAGUACCGACAUUUGAGAUUCGACAUGAUGUUGUGAAUGUCAAGAAUAAAAAAAGCUGUCUUGAAUUGGGUAGUGGGUGUGGACUGGCGGGACUGGUGAUGGCUUCACUGGGGUUCAAGACGACGUUGACAGAUUUACCCAGUGUCAUUGAUCGAGUCCUGCUAAAGAAUAGUCAAAGUGCGGUGGAGGAGAUUCAGAGGUGGUGGCAUCAUUUGCAUCACACGUACCACAGUGAUAUUCAGCCACAGAUCCAGGUCAGGGCCUUGGAUUGGUUCAAUUUACCUUGUAGCGAAGAAGAAAAGUUUAAUUAUAUAUUAGCUUCCGAUUGCAUAUACGAAAUACAGCUUGUGGAUCCUUUGUUACGGUGUAUACGCCAUUUUUCCAACACCAAGACUAUUGUGUUGAUUGCAAUGGAGCGACGAGAUGAUUUAGUGGUGGAUGGAUUUAUUGCAAAGGCUAGAGCCUUGGGUUUUGAUGCAAGCAUGGUGUUGAAGAAAUUAAUUCAAACUCAUCAGAUUUUAGUGGCAAAUGAAGACGUUGAGAUUUGGAAACUGCGUUUGAGGGGAUAAAUAUUUACAUAAAAAUAGAAUUCCAUGUUUGUCUGUCAUAUCACAUGCACUGCAUAUAUUUAUUCUAUAGAAACUAGACUUUUUGUCAAUU